AUGAAAUUUGUUCCUACUUCAUUGGUUGAUGGUCAAAGAGUGGUGGCUGUGAAAGGGGUUGAGCUUGAACGUAAAAUUAAACGAUGUGAAAAUCUGGUAGUGGGGGUUUUUGUUGGCAAGCGUUUGGCUUACAAUUUGGUUAAAAGAGUCACUGAGCGAGCUUGGAAACCUAAAGGUAGUUUCUCUCUUACCAUUCAUGGUGAAUUUGCGUUUAUAUUUGAUUUCAAUGAUGAUGAACGUUCAACUGCCUUAGAACAUGGAUCCAUGUAUAUUUCCAAUCAAUUGUUCUUGGUACAGCCAUGGCAUCCAGAUAUUGAGAGUGAGAUUGCUGAAUUAAAAUCGGUUCCAAUCUGGAUGAAUUUUCGAAAAGUUCCUCUUCAUUUUUGGGACUCUGAUGGUUUAAGCAGAAUUGCUAGUUAUUUAGGAAGACCAAUUAUGAUGGAUAACCAGACUUUACAUUGUACUAGAAUGAGUUAUGCUCGUGUUUGUGUGGAAGUUGAUGUUAAUUUCGAUUUUCCUACUACAAUUCCUGUGGUGAUUGAUGGUACUAAGAGAUUUUUGGUUGACGUAGAGUAUUCAUGGAAACCUCCAAAAUGUCCACAUUUCCAUGUAUUUGGACAUACUCUGAAUGGAUGUGUUAAAGACAAAAUAGAAAAAGCUGUUGCUGCUGCAGCUUCUGCAGAAAAGCAAAAGACUCAAGUGAAGGAAGUUUGGGUAGUAAAACAGUCUAAAGCAUCAAAAAGGAAUAGAGAACCUAAUGAUGAGGAUGAUGUUACUAUUGAAGAUGAAAGUGACUCUACUUCUGUUGCUAAUAUAAGUGAUGAUGAAAACCUUAUUUCUGAUCAGAAUCUAGUUCAGUGCCCUAUAACUACUAAUAAUACUUUUACUGCUUUAGAUCCCGGUUCUUUUUCAAGGGUGUUAAUGGAUAUUACACAUACUUCCAAUACUGGUAGUGGUAAUGGUACUACUAAUGAUUCUCAUAUACCUACUUUUAAGGAGGACUCUCUUUCUAGUGGUACUGCUAGAGCUCAUUUUCCUGGUAAAUCCAGUUCUUCUAAUCAUUCUUCUUAG